GUGCUGACCUGCUGAUCCACCUGACAUACCUGAAACUCUCAGCUUCACUCUGCUCGCAGUUUAACACUGAGAGUUUAAAGUUUUAAAUCGACCACUGAAGCGUCACUUUUCAGUUUUUUUUUACAGGAUUUGAUUCUUUCAGGUUUCAGUACUUUGUUUUUUCUUCUGUCAAGAGUUGGAGAAACAACAAUGGGGAAACCCUCUGCAGUGAUUUCCUGCUUGUUGCUGAUUGCGGGAGCAGUGACGGCCCAGACAGAUCAGAGACAGGUCAGUGAGCGCCUGCUGCCUCAGUGGCUUACUGGCAUCAUCGCCGUUGCCGCCUUCCUUUUCCUCACCUUCGUCAGCUUCCUGGUGAAAAAGGCCUGGUGUGAGGAGUCCAGUAGGGCGGCGACCUCUGUGGAGUCAGAGAGAGAAAAUGAUUUCGUCAUGACCAAUGGUAACACCUAUGAGACCACCCUGGACAUGGUCAGGAGCAAAGAAGACAUGAACGCUUACGAAAACCUGGUGAUUGACAGCACCACUGACAAAGUUACCGCCAUGUGACCAACCUGAACUGAUCCUAUUGGCUGCAUCAACGUCGUCCUCAGCAUUACUGGACAGACACACAAGACACACAUAUGUUUAUAGUAACAAAUGAACAUUUACAGUUGAUUUUUUUAUUAAUUUUGUCUGUUUGUUUUAUCAUAGCUGUUGUCCCAGGUGGGUGGAGUUUACCAUGAUGAACUUCAGAUAUCAUCCAUGUUGAAUUUACGUACAAAUAUAUUCUGUGACUGAUUUUUUUCUGCUUUGACUGUAGCACAUUUCUAGGGAGAACCUGCAAAUCAUUUAGCAGAAAGUGUGAGAUUGUAUGUAUUUUUUACAUACAAAUUUUCUACAACAUAACAACAUAAUAUGUAUUCCUGGCUUUUUAAAUCCUCAAUCACCUCUUGUUGCAGAGAUUCAGAGCAGCUGACUGUCCUGUGAGCUCUGUGCUAAUUAAUAAGUUAUCUUUUUUAACAAACUGCUGUGUCGGCUCUUGUUACUGAUCAGUGAAAGAAUAACCUGUGAUUAAUAAUUAAACAGUUUUACAGUAAAAAAACUACUACUUACUCUUCAGAUUAAGAUUUUAAUAUUAAGAUUUUACAUAACAUAAAAACAUAUAAGCUCCAGUAAUACACAUUGCUGAAGACUAAAUCAGUUGUUUCAAUUUCAACAUGUGACAAAGUUAGAAAAAAGCAGUCUAGUUGGGUUACACUGAAUUUCGUUUUUCUUUCCUCUCCCAUGAAUUUCCCCAACUUCUACUUGUAAUGCUGACAAUGGUGUUGACUUGACUGCUCCACAACAUAGCCUUAACACCUGAGCCUGAAUUCUGUCUAACCUUUUUAUAGAUGUACAUGCAGCUGAUCCAAAUACUAUACAACCAUAAUCUAAGACUGUUCUAAUCAAGGCCAUAUAAAUAUUUCUAAGAGCAACUCUAUCAGCUCCCCACACAGUACCUGCCAAACAUCUCACAAUAUUCAAAACUUUUUUACAUUUAUCCUCUAUUUUGUCAAUUCAAUUUUUCCAUGUGACCUUUUCGUCCACCCAUAUUCCUAAGAAUUAGAAUUUAUUUUCCUUAAUUUUUAGCAUUAAUUUUUUAAACUGACAUCUUCUCCUACUACUUUCAUUCUCAAUAAUAUACUUCAUUGAAAAAGAAUUCGCAACACAAACCCGAAUAGAACGAGCAAAUAAAAAGUCCAUAAUCCAAUUAUAUACUUUACCUCCAACACCUAUAUUAUCUAAUUUUAUUAAGAGCUCUUCCUUCCACAUCAUAUCAUAAGCCUUUUUUACACGAAGAAAACAGCUAUAAAACACUCUCUAUUUGCUUGAGCUUUCCUGAUGUCAGACUCCAGACAUGACAAUGGAUCUAUCAUCUAAAGUACUGCAUCCUUUUCUAAAUCUACUCUGACAAGCAGUGAUUAUUUCAUUUUUUUUAAAUGUAGUAUGUUAGUCUUUCCGUAACCAUUCUUUCAAUAAUCUUGCACACAUGCGAUGUCAACGCUAUAGGUCUAUAAUUAGCUGGACUAGUAGGGUCUUUCCCAGGUUUUUUAAUGGGAACAAUGACAGCGUCUUUUCACACAGCUGGAAGCUUACCUUCCCACCAAAUAUUAUUAUACAUCUCCAAGACUUUUCCAAUGCAAUAUCACUUAAAUUCGAUACCAUUACAUAACAUAUAUUAUCCUUACCAGGAGCAGUCAUUUUACACUUAUUAAGAGCCCUUCUCAACUCUUAAAUGGAAAAAGGAAGAUCUAGAGCACUCUGAGAUACAUUUCUUUUCUCGUAUACGUUACGGUGUUCAUCUAAUACUCACGCCUCCUAAUCUUGCCUUCUAUUGUUAAAUUAUCUGAACUGUGGUGCUGAAAAAGAAGGCAGUUGUUUGACAGUUAGUUUCUUCGUAAAUAGUUUGAUUUAAAUCCUUUGUAGUGUUAAGGUUAAUUUUUUAAAAUAGAGUUAAUUGUUUAUUCCCGUCCCCCUUUGUAUCUGUCAAGGCUAGCUUUUGUCAAUAUAAACCCCCCUUGUGUGUCAUUUUUUAGGUCAGCUUUUGAUUAGGUCAUUAUAGUCUGCGUUAUGUUUAGUUGAUCUUAGUUUAGUAAGUUAAAGGCCCUAGUUUUGAAAUUAUUUUCUCUAGUUUCUGAUUUUUGUAUUUUGAGAAAUUAAUUUUCGUCACAUUGUUUUUGCUUACACACCUGGUUUCUUGAGCCUUUCUUCUCUGGUCCCUGACAUAUAUAUAUAUAUAUAUAUAUAUAUAUAUAUACAUAUGCCUUCUGGUCAAAUGCACUUUUUGUUGCUCGGUGGCACCCAUGCAAAGGUCAUGUUAAUAUCUAUCAUUGACACUUAGAUGGGAUCAAGUAUGACAAUUUACUUACUGACUUAUAUCACUGCCAGAACGAUUUAUACGACAUUAUUAUUACAUUAUUAUAUUACAGUAUGUGUAUGUGAAAAUGAUACAUAAUAUAUCAUAUACAUAAUAAUAAAGUUGUUCAGUUAAGUUUUUAUUUGUGUUAAAGUACUGGGUAACUUGAUUUCAAAAUACUUGAGUGUUCAAAAGUACAUUUUUGUCUCAACAUAUUGGUGUAUUGUUCCACGAUUACAGAAUCUAAUGACUCUGAAACAACCUGACUGAACUGAUUGUAAAAUCUGGAGAAUAAGAGCUUGUGGAAUAUGAUACAAAGACUGUGGCAUGGACAUAAAAACAACUGAAUC